GCGGCCAUGACGGCCUGGUGGCGGCGGGCCUGCCGCCGGAGGGUCUCGAGGCCAUCAUGGACGCUCCACUCCCCCGCCGAAACGGUGUCGACUCUGGCCUUGGUCGCGGCCGGCCCCGACAGGCCCGACCUACCGGCCAGGCGGGCGGAGGCGCGGGCGUCCCUGGCCGCCGCGGUUGAGGCGGUUCGCCCGGCCAACGUCAAGAGGGCCAUCGCCGAGUUUCGGGGCGACAUGCUGGCCAAGACGACUCGGGGGCCUUACGAGUCACGCCUCAAGACCUGGAACAGGCUCGCCUAUGAGGGCGAGGUGGCGCCCUGGCCGAUCUCGGCGCACGUCCUCGAGGAGUAUUUCCUCGCCGCCUUCAGGCACCAGGAGAACGAGCUUCGCAUCGCCGUCGACCCGCUCCUUCGGAGGCUUUCCCCGUACUCGCCCUGGUGCCGCUUCGCCUUCGCCGACGCCGAGCCCUUCGACAUCUCCCGCCCGGCCCACUCGGUGGACGUCUACAUCAUCGCCGUCUGGUUCAUGUUGCGCGAGAUCCACGUCGCGGCCGCCCGGGUGGGCGACCUGGUCAUCAUGAGGGCGGAGGUCGUCUUGGACCUGCCCAUCCACAAGACGGCGCAGGGCGGCGAAAGGACGCUCACCCGCAGGUCUCUCCAUUGUGCCUGCGGGGCGACGACCCACCCGCUUUGCCCGCUGCAUGCGGCACGCCGCCACUUGCGCCGGAUGGACGCGGCCGGGUUGCUCGCGUCCUCGGCCCCCCUCUUCCCGGGCACGGGGGGGGGGACCAGGUCCAAGGAGGACUCGGUACACUUCCUCAACGCCGUCCUGCGGGCCGCCGGCCUGGUCACGACCUUCCUUGACCAGGCCGGGGCGGAGAAGAACAUCUUCGACGGUCACGCCUGCCGGGUGGCGGGGGCCACCUUCCUGGCCGCCAAGGGCAUCCCUCUGGCCGUCAUCCAGCUGCUGGGCCGGUGGUCGUCAAGGGCCAUCGAGCGGUAUACGCAGGCUGCGCCAUUGAUGCUCGCGCCGGGGGCCGUGGCGCGCGCGCUGGGGUCCCACCUGGCGCCCGGAGCCUCGGGCUCGAGCAGGGCACCCGCCCGGCCGGUGUGGACGCAAGUGUCCUUGCCCUCGCGACCUGGUAGGCAAACUCACCCACAGGCAUAG